AUGACUAUUGACGAUAGUACGAUUGAUAUUCAUCUUACCAAACUUGUUGAUUGGUUAGUUGAUCGUCGUCAUUGUUCAAAAGAUUGGAAUGAACGAUCAGUGGCAAUUCGAGCGAAAGUUCAACAAGCUAUUUUAGAUAUGCCUGAACAUGAUGAAAUAAAAAGAUUACUCGGUUCUUCUUAUUUGGAUUAUUUUUGUUGUUUGAAAAUUGUUGAAAUAUUAAAAGAAACAGAGAAAGAAAGUAAAAAUAUGUUUGGCAUGUAUUCAUCACAACGAAUGAAAGAUUGGAGAACAAUUAUUUCUAAUUAUGAAAAAAAUUCUAUUUAUCUCGUUGAAUCCGGUCAAAUUCUUCAACGAAAUGUUGCUUUUGAAAUCCCUGCAUUAAAAAAACAUAUUGGUAAAUGUCAACAAAUUCGAGACGAAUGUCAUACACGUCAUGCUGAAUUAGAUAAAACUAUUCAUGAAAUUGAAAAACAAUAUGCACAAUUAUGCACCGAUAUGUCAAUUAAAGGUGAUAAUGUUCAACGAGAAUUAAUUGAACGUAUUGAAUAUUUACCAAAUAUAUGUACAGAAUUAGCAAAUGGAGAGAAAAAUUCCAUUCCAUCAUUAAAAUCAGCUGUUGAAUUUUAUUUAGAAUUUAUGAAACAUUUUCAUUCAUCUUUAAAAUCGAAUGAUGAAGAAUUUUUACCAAUUAUUAAAUAUUUAAUUGAUAAUGGAAAUACAACUGUUUAUCAAUGGAGAACGAAUGGUCAUGUACCUGUUAGUAUUGAACGACCACCAUUAAAUUAUAAAUUUGCAGAAGCAGCUGAAAUUGAUGAAACAGAACCAGAUAUUAUUCUGGGAUUUGAUGAUGAUUUAACAACAUCAACUGAAGGAAUUGAAAUUAAACAAGCAGCAAAUCAAGCAGAUGUUAUUGAUUUUGAUAUUGAAACAGAAAUUGAUUGGUCUGGAAUUGAUACAGUACCUGAAUUACUUGAUCCAGCUCUUUCAUCUAAUGGUACUCAUCCGAAUUCUAUUCCUGAUGCUCUACGAGAAGCUGCUCUCAAUGGAUCAACUCAUCCAAUUGAUGAUGGUAUUGCACGUGGUAAUGAUGCAUUAACAUUAUUGGAAAAUCGUGCAACAUAUACAACAUUUAUUCAAGAACUUCAUCGACUUCAAUCAUUUUUAAAACAACGUCUCAAUGAAUAUCAUGUCAAUGAAACUAUUCUUAUGACAUUUAUUAUGCAAAAUGCUCCAUCAUCAAUACAAAAAAUCAAUGAAAAUGAUUUAAAAACAUUUCUGAAAAAUGUUGAUUCAAUAUUUACAUCGAUUGCUCAUCGACAAUUAGAUCGAUUAUUUUCAAUGCGUGAUUCAUAUAAAUUUGUUGAUCGUCUUAUAAAUUGUUUUCAACAAAAGAAAAUUGCUAUUGAACGAAAUCGUUUACAACAGAAAGAAUUAGAAGAAAAAGCAACAAAUUCAUCAAAAGAAGAACAACAAUUGAAAGAAAAAUUAAAUAUAUUAAUUUCAUAUACAAAACAAUUAAAAGAACAGGUUGCAAAAGAAAUUUCAGUGAAAAAAUGUCAAAAUCGACGUAUCAAUAUCAUGGGUGAAAUCAAUACAUUAUAA